CCCCCCCCUCCCCCCUCCCUCUCUCUCUCUCUCUCUCUCUCUCUCAACCUUAAACUCAGUACUCACUCUAGUUUUGAGCAAUGAGGAAGCCGGAACCCUAUGCUGUAAGUAAUACCGGCGGGAAGAAUAACAAGAACAACAGCGGCAUGAGUAGUAAUAAUAAGCUGAGGAAGGGUUUGUGGUCGCCGGAAGAAGACGAGAAGCUGAUGAGGUACAUGCUCAACAAUGGCCAAGGCUGCUGGAGCGACGUGGCGAGAAAUGCUGGCCUUGAGAGGUGCGGAAAGAGUUGCAGGCUUCGUUGGAUCAAUUACUUGAGACCUGACCUUAAGAGAGGUGCCUUUUCUCCCCAAGAAGAAGACCUCAUCAUCCAUUUCCAUUCCCUUCUUGGCAACAGGUGGUCUCAAAUUGCAGCACGCUUGCCAGGACGAACUGAUAACGAAAUCAAGAACUUCUGGAAUUCGACCAUAAAGAAACGUCUAAAAAUUCUGUCCUCCUCCUCCUCCACUGCCUCACCAAACGCGAGUGAUUCUUCCUCGGAGCAGCCUAACAACAAUGACUUCUUCGCCGCGGCCGGAGGAGGAGGAGGGUUCAUGAACAUCAUUCCACCGUCAAUGAUGCCCAUUUACCCUGAUUCAUCAAUGCAAGCCACCUCCCUGAUCAACCACAUGUUUGAUCCCUUUCCGAUGGUCGAGCAUGGCGGGUACUACAACAAUGGAAACCCAUGCACUGCUCAGAUUGGUUCGGUCGGCAGUGGUAGCAGUACUGGUGAUGAUUGUGGCUUUGGACAAAAUAUUGACGUGUUUGGGAACGUCAAUAUGAGAGUAGAAGAAGACAUCUAUGUGCCUCCCCUAGAGAGCGUAAGCACCAUUGACCACGAUCAAAAUAAUCUCAAAACUGAAACGAUCUUCUAUGAUCAUAACAAUUACUACAGUAACACUAACAAUAUCAUCAAGGGUGAAAACAUGAUUGGGGUUGGGAAUUACUUUGAAGAUGAUCAUCAGGAUCAAGGGUUAACAAUGGGGGAGUGGGACUUGGAGGAUCUGAUGAAAGAUGUUUCCUCCUUUCCUUUACUUGACUACCAGAGUUGAGAUAAAUAAUUGCCUUCCAAUAUUCCCUCUCUUUUCUUUUUCGUCAUCUUUUUUUCCCCUCCCACAUAUACUCCUUAAUUUCUUCUUCAUUUUCUAAUUUGUGAUCCCGGCCUCUUUGUUUCCUCGAUCAAGACUGGUAGAACAUUUCUAGCCAUAUAUAUAGCUUUUACAUUUUGUUUAGGUCUGUCAAACAAUGGGGAGGUUCAUAUAUAGCUUAGAUGAGAGGGGAAAGGUCUGAAAUAAAGGUCACCGACGUCGAUUUAGUAUUCGAGAGAUCGAGAAGCUUUCAAUCGAUCAGUGCUGAGACACAGUUAAUUGUGAAGGAAGUUGUGAAUAGCUGCUGCUGUUGCUGCUGCAUAUAUACAAAUGUAGGCCGAGAAGAGAUGUACAACGUUUACAAGAUGAUCAUGUAUCAAUAAUUAGUUGGUGUAUAAAUUGUAGUUAUUAUGAGAUGUACAAAAGGAAGAAUGGUUGGUGGAAUUUUAUUUUCGGUGGGAAAUAAGUAGGUUGUACUACACAAUAUAUGAUCAUGAAGAUAAUAGACCUCUCUCUCCCUCUC